UGCUUGAACUGCGCUUGCGCAUUAAAGAUACACUGCAGUCAAGUUUUAUUGAUUCAGAAUGCUCUCGCGUGCCAAAUUUUUCACUUUGUUUAAGUGUCACAAAAGUGCAGUGUCUGAUAUCAAUUGGCAAUAUGAAAAUGGAGAAAAAUGAGAGAGUCUCUUGUUAAUAGUUAUCAACCCAUUAACAUAUCAUUCGUUAAAUAGCUUUCUCUUUCAAAUUCACGAAAAGUCUUGCAAAAUACUCAACAUUCUUAGUGUUUCUUACAAUUUCUGAUUAACGAAAUCAUAAACUGUAUUCUCAAUUGUUUAUUAUUUAACACGAUCAUUGAGAGUUUUUAUUUUUGACUGAAAACUGAGAAAGAAAACAUUUGUGUCAUGUAACUUAUCGACAUGGGAACAUUUGACAGGUGAAUUGCAAGAUAUUGAUACUCAAUAAAUGUCGGUACAAGACCAUUUAUAGAAAGAACUAUUGAUAAAAUUUGUCGCCAAAUUGCAACAUGUAAUUAUUGCUUCAAUAGUAUUUAAAUGAUUUUGAUAAUUCAAAUACGAAUAGCACUCAUGGGUCACGACAGAAGUCUUGACACUUAUUGACGUUAUUAUGUACGAAAGCAUUUUUAAUUGAAAUGCAAAAUGUAAAAAAGCCCCAGCCAUCAUUGAUGUGAAAAAUAAUAUUAAAUUCAGAAACCCUGUAUUCAAAAUGGCCGGAGAUUAUAUAAUAUCAGUGGCAAUAGUCCUCGCACUUGCAAACAUUUGUCGUGGGGAAUGUCAGACUCGUUCAAUAUACUGCUACGAAUGUGAUUCUUGGACUGAUCUUCGGUGUAAAGAUCCAUUCAACUACACGGCGCUUCCAAGAGAUCAACCACCCUUAAUGACUUGCAAUGGUUGCUGCGUUAAGAUGGUUCGCAACGCUAAAUCACCAUAUGAAAGUGUUCGUCGAACUUGCACGUCACAGCUGCAAAUAAAUUUGUUUAUGGUGGACCAUGUGUGCAUGAUGGAAAGUACCGGCACUGGUCACAUGUGCUUCUGUGAGGAAGAUAUGUGCAAUCGUGUGCCUCCGUCCUUAUCCUUAAAUUCUGUUUUCCCGAUAAUCCUGUCAUCCAUUCUGACAAUAACUUCCGCUCUAAAAUUGCCCAGCUUGCUUUGUAGGUCGCUGUGAUUAUCAAAUUUUCCUAUUGAUUUUUUAAUUUUUUUGUAGAACCCCCUAAAAAAUAUGAAUAUACAUAUAUACAAGAGGCGUGUUAGCGAGAUGAAUGUCGCAUGUGAUAAAUAACAUUUACUUCAAAUAGUUUUACUUAGAAGAAAACUUUUUAAAAAGUGCAUAAAAUAUGACCUAAUAUGAAUUGCAUUAUUGUCUAACACUUGAAAAUUCAUUUUAACAGAAUGUAAUCGUUAGGUCACGUGAUGGUUUUUAAUAUUGCAACAAAUUAGGUGAAAUUUUAUGUCCUUAAAAUUAGUAACAAUUAUAUUUUACUUUCAUUGACAUGCUUUUAUGUUAAAACAUUUUCUUCUCAUGAGAAAAUUCUCCUUUCAUUUAAUGAAAUUAAUGUUUAAAAUCUUUUAUGUCUUCAUUUUUCGUUCUUUAGAGAAAAAUUCUCUUUUAUAGUUAAAACUUUAUUUACAUUUUUGAAACAAAAACUUACUUUAAUUAUUUAUUGUGCUUCUGUCGAUAUUCUUCGCAAUUAUGUUCUUGAAAUUAAUUUCAUCCAUACUUUGUAGAAACACUUAAAACUUGAAUCGGUGAAUAGAGAAUUUAGAUGUAGAGAGCAUUGUUCUUUUUAAUUUAGUAACAAAUUCGAAGUAUAAUUUGGUUCUAUCUAUGAUAUUCACGCGGCGUGUUUUAGCAUGCCCACCAAUUAGCUGCAUUGUAGCUGUGAUGCGUGUCUUCAACAGAAAUAAUGUGUUUUCCCAAAUUGACUUUGACUAACGAGCCAAAAUGAUAUUAUACUUUCGAGAAUAAGACAUUAUUAUUAGUAAGUUCGAUUAUUUAAUAUUAUACAUAUACGCUGCGUAUAGAAAUAAAAGACAAUAAGUAUAAAAAUACUUGUCAAAUAUGAGAAACAUAUUAAUAUUGUCGGUUUGUCUUUCGCCAAACUAUGCCCAUAAAUGUUGGUGACACGCUCACGAAUCAUUUGUAAAAAUAAUUAGACAAUUAUUUUAAAUAGAAAUAAAUGCGUUUAUGGGAGGAAAGUCCAUUAUAAUUAUACACAAUGGCAAAAUGGUAUAAUAGGUUAAGAAAUUUUAUACUGAACUAAUCACUUUCUACACCUAUGCAGAUGUAUAUUGCUUUCCCUUGGUUUUUUCUCUUUACACACUAAAAAAAAAGUUUUACUUUCAGCCAAUUUUUGAGGCUGAAUUUAAGGUGUAAACGGAGUCAGACUUUUUUUUUCCUGUGUACCUAUUGACAUUGCAGUAGAAGUAAAAAAUUUAUUUAUUUUGCAUGCAACGCCUCUUUUUAUAAUAAUUUAAUUCUAUCACUGCGAAAAAGAAAUAUCUUUAAAGUGACUAAAAAUCAAUUGCCAAAAAUAAUACUCAUCUUACUAUUUUAAAUUAAAACAAUUAAUGUAUUUUAGGAAAUUUAUAGUCACUUUUUUAAAUGUCUUAAAAGUAACUUAGAAAGUACAUAUCUUAUAUAAUUAUUAUAAAAUAAGAUGUUUCUUUGUGCAGUGAUAUUUAAACCCACCUUCGCAUGUCUUUCCCACCAAUAUUGUAUUCUUUUAAUAAUAUAAUAAUAAUUGUUCUUUUAUUAAUAUAAAUAUUGAUGACAAUGAAAAAUGAAGAAACAUGGACAAAAAUUGUCUAAUUAAAAAGGAUAAAAAAGAUGUUUCAUUGUAUAUUUAUAUUCUUAUUUGACAUUAAAUGAAAGUGUUUACCCGUUUACCGUUCAAUAAUGUGCAUGCGUAGAUAAAGACAUUUAAUUCUAAGUUGACAUGGAAAUGCUAAAUAUACUUUUCAUUAGAACGAUGUUUUUAAAAACUAAAUUUAUAUUUUGUAAGCGGUUCUAUUUCAAACAUAAGUCUGAUUUUUAACUUUACAAUGCUUUGCUGUUUAAAAAGCAGCAUUAUUUAUAUAUAGUUAUUUCUCAAUAAAAGUUUAUAAAUUUAAAUAUUAAAAAAAAUCGAUAAAACAUGAUUGGAAGUAAUAAUUUAUAAGAAGUAAAUUUUUUAUAGAUAUAGUAGUUAUGUUUAAAAUCUAUAUAUAUUUCUUGUUUAACUAUAAUAAAAUAUAGAGAAAAGUUCAUUUAGAAAACUAAUAGUAAAAAUCGAGUAUUUUUAUUAAUAAAUUAAUAAAAGUUUUUUCAUCAGCUAAUAUGAUUUUGUUAGAUGUUACAACUUUUCAGUUUAUUGUUAAUGAUUAAAACAACUGAUUACUUGUUAAAUUUAAUAAAAUGUUUAUACAUAAUUAUUAUUAAUAAGUAACAAAAUAGCAGCAGCAUAAUUUACUGACUAAUUAAUAUUUUUAAAUUUGUAAAACAUCUAAUGUUUUACGUUAUUUACCAGACCAGAUCAAAAGAUAAAUUUUAUUGUUAUUAAGUUUCUUCUUAUACUUUGAAAUAAAGUUAUAAUAAAUAAAAAUUGAAAGAUAAAUGUUUUAGUAGUGAAAAGAUAUAGUUGAAAAAUAAUGUAGUUACUUAAUAACAGCAUUGCAUGACUGCAUGAAUAUAUGAUAAUGUUAUUACUAGCACUCAUCACAGAAACAUUCCUCAAUAUCAUUUUAAUCUGGUGAGUCUGCAUUAAAAGACGUAAUGUUAAUUUGACGGACACUUUUGUCCUUAAAGGAUAUCAAAGUCUUUUCGAUUAUUCCAUUGAAGUUCAGUGUAAAAAUCGCAUCGACUUUGACAUCUUGAAAGUUCUAACAGAUAAAUGCUGUUAUUUUGUGGAUAAUACGAUUAGAAGGAGCAGAACAUUUUUUCGUCUUUUAAAAUUAAUUAUUAAACACUUGGAAAUUUGUGGAAAAAAUAAUAUGUUGAUUCGCUUGUAUUUUUCAAUAAUUUUCAAAUGUUUUGUAAUUAAUUUGAAAAGUGUUACUCACUAUCUGAUCUUUUUAACAAUAUUUUUUGGAUAAAAUAGCUAUUUUUCACAAAAUAUCAGCUCAAUCACUGCUUGCAGAAUAAAAUGAUACUUGCGACAUGAUUGUUGUAGAAUAAAAAUUUCUGAAUUAUGUUACUCGUCUUAAAGAUUGUCACUUGAUUAGCUAUAUCCCAUAAUAAAGCUUUAGCAACAUAAUGGUUAAUGAUUUUAAAUAUGUACAGUGUCAUAUAAUUUGUAAUUUUGAAUUAAGUUGAGACAUUCUGUAAGAUGAGUAUCUUAUUUCCACCCUCCACCUUAUUAAAACAAUUGAAAAAUGCACAACGUGAGCCUUCAUGUUAGCUCCAGUAGGUGAAAGAGAAGCGAAUACUGGCUAAAAUGAACGCUCAUGUCCUCACAGAAAGGCUUUUCGAAAAAGCCUUUUGCCAUGCAAAUUUCGCGAUUUGCACACUAUAACUCGCGAGAUUUUUCUGGCAGGCCAUGCGGUCGUGUUGUGUCAUUUGUUCAUUAUAGCACACGCGGUUGUGAGGCCAACAGAAGUUUUUAAAGAGACGUUUCAAGAUUUCGUUUUGUUGAUGAGAAGAAUUUUCGUGACAUCUUGCGCAAAUCAAUAUUGAUUUCUCGAAGGAAAAGAGUCUGCGAUUUUAAAUGGUACAGAGACAGUACGUUGAACACAUAUCGAUUAAAAUACUGUUAUAUAGAUAAUUCUUUCAAGUGAUGUAAGUGCCUUAAGUAAUUUUUUUUAUGCGUUAUACGCUUAAGUAGCUUUAACUUGAUGAGCUGAUCGGAAAAUGUGAUACUGGAAAUCCGAUUGAGCGUACAUAUUUAGAAAUAUUAGACAACAAUAUAUAGCUUUAAAUUAAAUUAUAAGCGAACUCAGUUGCUGUGUAUAACUGUUUAUUUCUCUAGACAUUCUAGUUUUAGGAAGGAAUUAUUGCAGAUAUUAAAAGUCGUGAAAAUAAUACGUGGCUCACUAUUUUGUUUGUGGCCUCACAGCCGAGAAUGUUUAUGUGCCAUGUGAGGAAAUAAAAUUAAUACGUUUACGUUUAGUUACUAAACAUUUCCCUCGGUGUUCAAGCAAGACGCUUUUUAUAUCCAUGAACGAUUAUAUACUUACCAACUCUGUAUAAGAUGAUUGUCUUUUAACUUUUCGAUUCUCAAUGUAUCAUAUUCAUAUGUGUUGAACAUAUCCAGCAAUUUAUUCUUUUUAGUCAACACUUGUUCAUACGGAAGAAAAAACUACAAUCCCAGUCAAAUCAAUUACUUUAAGUAAUCUAUGCAUAACAAUAAAAUUCUUAAAAUCUGAAAAAUCCAGUGAAAAAGUUUCUUCCUUCCGUAUAAGCAAACUACCUUCAUUCAAAACAAUCCACUUCUACAAGUUUUGCACUUCUAAACUCAGUUUCACAUUCUACGUUUAGAAGUGCAUUUCUGGAGUGGCUUGUUCUGCAUGGAGAUUUUUUUAAACUUAAUUCAAUUACUUUCUUUUUUGCCUACAUAACCAUUUUUUACCCUUCCUAAUAGAGCAUUAACAAUAGAAUUAAUUUUUCAAUAAACAUUAACAAAAUACAUGAAAGCACAUUCUGAGAAACUUUUUGUACUAUAUAUAAUAGGAUGCCAAACUAAAAGAUAUUAUCUGUUUAUAUUUUAUAAUUACAAAUUUCUCGAAAUUUUUUUUUUCCAAUAAUUCAUAAAGUGUGUAUAUUCUGUGCCCCUUUUUAUUUUGUUGCAUACAAUAUGUAAUUUAUUAAAUGAAAUUAUCUAUUUAUCUUUCUAAAAUUAAAAAUUUCUAAUGCACUACGAGACGCAUGCUUAUUCCCGAAAUUUUUUUUGACCAAAUAGUUAUUUGAUAUAAAACU